UAAGACCGUCUUGAUGACGUAUGCAGCUUGCAAAUGCCACAGCCUUCGGAUUGAGAAACGGCCGUCGUCGGUUAACGACAUUAAAACACAAACGCUUGUUUGUGAAGAUUAUCACAAUUAAUUCAUCAAAUGGACUUUUCAGGUGCCAGACAGUUCGAUGUCGGUCUGAAAGAGGAGAAGAUGUGAUUAAUUACAUGUUGGAACGGAGCAGACCGUCACUUCAUACAACAUAAAAGGUGCAUUUUUAGAGCUAUGACGUGUGCCUGGUGGCGCAGUCCUUCCCACCAGCAUAACGUCUGGUUUGUUGGGGGGUUAACUACUCAGUGCAUUUGUUAGUUUGUAAGCCUCCCACCACAGCAACCAGCCCCCCUCCUCUCCACCAUCCUCCAACCGCUGCGUCAGUACAGACUGGAAGGAGAGGUAUAUAAGACUGUGCCACCUGAAGCUCUCCAAGUCUAAGAUCUCUCCAGCUUGGCACCAGGAGCUACACUGAAUUUCAAAGUUCGAGCAUCACUUUACUUCAUCACUUCUCGCUUGCCGUUUUGUCAACAUGCAGUUUUUGGCCAGCUUAGUGUCUCUUUUGCUGGUGCUGUACAGUGUCCGAGCUGUGGCUUUGCUUCCAGUGGAGGAGAGAAAUCCAGUACACAGUAGGGAGCUGAGCAAGGAACGUAAAGAGUUGAUCCUAAAGCUGAUCUCUGGUCUCCUGGAUGGAGUAGACAACAACGUGCUGUCCGAAGAGAUAGCGCCAGCCCCCUUGGACAUGGAAGAGCCCCUGGAGUCCCGUCUGGAGGAAAGGGCCGUCUACAAUCGGUUAUCACAGCUUCCGCAGCGCGAUCGCAAAGCCCCCUGCAAAAACUUCUUCUGGAAGACCUUCACGUCGUGCUAACAUCGCUGGCCCAGCAGCGAUUCCUCAAUUCUCCCUGAUGAAUGACAUGAACUGUGUAGACCUUCACUGUACAUAUCAUCUCCAGUGUCUGAAGAAAGGUCUCUCUGGACUUACUCUGACACAGUCUGUUUGUUAAAGACAUUGAUGAUUAUAUUUAUUUACUUAUUGAUUGGUUAAUUAAGCUAUUUAUGGACUGUUUUGCUUUUCAGUAUUAAAAAAGAAUAAAGCAUGGUUAA